CCCAGAUGAGAUCUGGACAACUACCUUGCAACUUCAGCAAGCAUCACUCACACGAUUAACCACCAACGAUGGCCGCCCCCUCAGCAUAUCGGGACCCAAGCCCUGUGGCUAUCCUCCUUGAUCCAAAAGCGGAAAUCCCAGUUGGAGAAAGAGACAUCAGACUGGAAGACUACCUUAAUGACAAGAUUCAGACGCCUGCGGAUUUUGGUGACCUUGCUGGUCUCAUAGAAAAUGUGGAGACCCAGAAGAAGCAAUUGGAAAAGCAGCUAGUUGAAGCCAGAGCCAAGUUGGAGGAAUCAAAGCGGGCCUCUGCCAACCACAAUUCCCUAAUACUCCAGCGAGCCAAAGAAUUCGAGGAGCAACAAAACAAUGUCUAUAAACGUCUGAUGAUGGUCAUCUCGGCCGAUACACCUGAGCAAGCUGUAAAUCGUCUUAAAGGGCCUAUGGAGAAGCUUCGAAAGGUUGACCUGGCUACGGAAUAUGUCGAGUUGCUAAAGGAGGUCGACGAUCUUACCAAAGAUGCCCACAAACAUCUCCCUGCAAACCCAAAGGAAGCCCUUGGACCAUAUACGCAGUUGAAAGAGCUUGCCAAAUUGUUGAACAACCUGCAGGAGUCGGCCGAGGGAGCGGCUGUUCACCUUGUCAAUUAUGUUGAUCAAGCCUCCACCCGAUUGUGGGAGCAAAUGAAGAAGAUAAUGACGGACGAAUUUGAAUCGAUACUGCAGAAGUCAAAAUGGCCGGACAGUGCAAGCGUGCCUACUAGGGAAUGGAGUGAUUGCUUUGAGAAACUUCUAGACCUACAGUAUCCAGAACUGAUGGAUGCGCGGGAGCCUAUCAUUCUCCUCCCUAUGGGCGUCUUGGCCAAAACAUUUAUACAACAAUUUAAAUAUCAUUUUUUCAGCGAUAAGCCUACAAACGCUGCAAACAAGCUUGGUGACUAUUUCCUUUCAUGGUUCGUUGGAACUAUAGAGAACUGGGAACCUUUCCUGCGUGAGAACGUGGGACCUGUACUAGCAGCGCAUUUUCGAGGCAACGUGCUGGCAGGGAACUCGAUAUACGUGGAUCCUGUGGCGGCAUUCAUCACCGCCCUGCUGCCUGUUUUGAGGGAGAAGGUUAGCAGCCUGUUGAAAGAGAUCUCUAAUGAUCCUGGAUUAUUGAGCCGAUUCAUGCAUCAGUUAUUCGAAUUUGAUGACACUAUCAGAAUCAAAUUCAGUUAUGACGCCGGAAAUGUUCAGUUCGGCUGGAAGGGAAUCACCUGGGAGGUCCUGGAUACCUAUUUCGAUCGAUGGUUGCAGGUUGAAAAGGACUUUGCACUUCAGAGAUAUCAGGAAAUCAUAAAGGCGCCAGACAGCAUCGACUACGAUAGUACCAGCCCAGGAAAGACGAAGUACACAUCUGUUGCAACCCAAGUCACGGACCUUCUACUGACUGUAACGAAAUCGUACAAUCGUAUCCGGAGAUUUCGGAACAAAAUGUAUUUUCUGAUCGAAAUCCAAGCGGAGAUUCUUGACCAAUAUCAUGGCCGACUUAGUGACUCUCUGGAUGCAUAUCAGACAAUCCUAUCUCCUCUAGGCCGAAGACUCCAUGGAGUCACAAAAGAAAUGCAAGCUGAAGUCGAGGGAAUUGCCGGUUUGGAAAGUCUUUGCAAGGUUUACGGAAGUGCCGAACACAUCAUAAGCACCUUGAACGAGUGGAGUAAUGAGGAAUUUUUCGUGGCACUUUGGGACGAAUUGCAAGGAAGAGCGAAGUCAGCCAGUGUGGACGACAACCUUGCUGGUGAGAUGACUUAUACCACCGUCAAAGAAUCCACAUCUACGGCCGUGGGCUCAGAUGCGGAUGGAUCCGUAUUUGAUAUGACCAUUCAAGGGUUUAGCCGUCUCCAGAGCAGAGCUUUAGAUUUCCUCAUGCAGGCGCCGAAAUACAGCUUCCCGCAAGCUUUUAAACCCUACCUUAGUACUCCGCAAUGGACGACAGUGGGCGACGAAGUUCCAAAUCCCUCUAUUAUCGCAAUUACUCCCGAACUAGACCAACCCCUCCAGACAUUAAAACUGGAACUAAGCUUUCUACAAAGAGCGCUUGGCUUUUCACCAUUUCGAAGAAUCUGGCGGGCAACGUUGGAUGCUCUCCAGGAUCUCUUAUGGAGUGAUGUCCUAUUCAAACAGAGAUUUACAGCAUUAGGCGCAGCACGGUUUAUGCAGGACGUCGUCACCAUGGAGAGAUUGGUAGAUGCACCCACCCUGGGUAUGCCGAAGCUAAGGGAGGGCGUCCUUUUACUGAAUUUGCCCUUAACUGUUGAGGAUGGCCAACCUGGUCCGUCGCUUAAGGAUGCCUGCACUGAAUUAUCGGGUAGUGACUCUGAGGCCGAGGCUUUCGUCGUAAAGAUGGGGUAUAACUAUAUCAGUGGACAUGAAGCUAAAUCUAUCCUGCGGAGAAGAGUUGAGACCUUUGAUUGGGGGGUCUUGUAGUCGUAGGAACAUUAUUAACGACUGAAUAACUAGAUAUUCGAAUUGGGGACGGUGACGAAGGCUGUUAUACCCAGAUCAAAUGUAGAAAAGCAUCUGAAGUAUCUCACGGACAUCAAAAGCUUCAAUUAU